AUGGCUAUCGUAGACGCUCGCGGUCUGGGAAGUGAAAACGGACUCGGCACCACAACUCAGGAUAUAAAUUCCGAGCGAUGGUCAUCGUGCGCGAAUACACCCAUAACCGAGCAGUUAACCAUCAGUACAAUCCCAAAUCUCUCGGUGGCCUCUCCAUCAGAUCCUCCGAGAACACCGAUCGCGCCGAUACCACCAUCGUCAAGCGUGACUUUGAAAUUCGCGUUGACCACUAAGAUGCACGUGGUAAUUAUCCACCCCGAACAGUGGAACGGGGGUUCUGAUCGAUGUACAGUUGCAUUGAUACGACAUUUUGUUUCUAAGAACUACAAGGUUACUUGGUUAACUACUAUGAUAGAUGAGUACUGGAAAGAUCACAAAUUCGAUGGCGUAGACAUCCGAGAAGUGAGCUUAAAACUGCAUCCAGGUGAUUGGUGGAGUCAAAAUGUUGCAUUAGGUUGGUAUCUCGUCCUCAACAAUAUUAAACCUGACCUCGUUGUUGUGGAUCAUUCAGCGAGUUGUGUACCUCUUAUUAAAUGGCGUUAUCCGAGUUGUAAAGUCCUAUUCUAUUGUCAUUUCCCUCAACAACUCGUCACACCGUCGAGAUUCUUCCUGUACAGAUGGUAUUCAAAUUUGAUCGGUCUUAUCGAAGAACAUCUCUUUGAGCAAACCGAUGUAAUUAUGGUUAACAGCCAUUUCACAGCAUCCCAAUUUGGUCGAGUCAUGCCACGAAUCGAAAAAAGUAAGAUUCGGGUCGUGUACCCACCGUGCGAUGUAGAUUCUAUUGUUAUUUCGGCCAAGAAGCCGAUGAGUCGCCGGGAUCGGCCUCAGAAUGAUGUCUACAUUUUUAUGUCGAUGAACAGAUUUUGGCCAGAAAAAAGGCUCGACAUCAUCGUUGAAGCUGCCUCCUUAUUAAAAAAGCGCGGGUACAAAUUUUUGGUGCAGUUAGCUGGCUCUGUGAUGCCACAUAUCCCCGAAAGCCGGAUAUACUACGAACUGCUCCAGAAGAUGACAAGGGAUCUCGAUGUUGCGGACGUCGUCCACUUCAUUCCCUCUCCUUCAGAAUGCCAAAAAUUCGAAUUAUACCGUCAGUGCGAUUCUGCACUGUAUACCCCUCCAAACGAGCAUUUCGGUAUCGUUCCUAUAGAGGCAUUGGACCAACGUCGUCCCGUAAUCGUUUGCGACAGUGGUGGGCCAGCAGAAACAGUUAUAGAGGAUGUGACUGGCAGCAAGAUCCCAAAACCGACGGGGGAAUUGCUAGCCGAAGCAAUGAUGCAUCAUAUCAAGAAACAGGACUGGCCUGCUCUCGACUGCGACGAGACCUACGAGAAACAGCGUGCUCGUUUCGACCGAGAUUUCUCAUUGCGCGGCUUUUGUGCACAUAUCGACGAAGCGGUCGCACAGCUGUUUCCCGAUUUGGCAUCGAUAUCAUCUCGGAAUCGUCGUGCAUUGGCGUAA